AGCCUUCUGAUCAAACAGCUGAGGACUGGUCGGCCUUUUCAGUUCGCGGGCCCAGCAAGGUAACUUUUAAAACGAAAUCUUUUGCGUGCACGAGAGCGGGCUAAAAAAAAAACUCGACCGGCUUGUGAAGCGCUGGGAGUUUGUCAUGAAUGAAUGCAGCCUCCCGCCAUUCCUGGGAGCGGCCUGCCGAUGGCGCCAGAGAGAAAAGCGCCAAUCUCAAAAGCCAGCCCUCCGCCGCUCAUUGAGAAGAAAGUCCAGGAGCCGCGCUGUUUCGCUCGCUUCAUUGGGCUGAGCCCUAGCACCGCGCCGGGUCGCCCGCUCCGCUCCUUGCGGCUGAGGCGAUGGAAGGCGGUUCGGGCCACGGCGUUUCCGAGAAAGUUUUGCUCUCAGGCGUCUUUCGCCUCGUCCCUUCUCUGAAGGUGAACUAUGCCCUGAGCCUCACAAGCGGCGCGAAGCUGCUGAUGCGCCGGCUGGACUCGGCUGCCCUGAGCAGCAACGCGGCCAGCGCGCUGAGCCUCUCCACUUGCGUGGGCUGCUACGCUUUCCAGAGCAAGAGCGCCUCGCAGCCGGCGGCCGCCUACUUCUCCGUCGUUUGCUACCCUUUCAAGAAGGGCUGGUGGUACCGCGGGGAAUCUCGGCAGAAGGUAGCGAAGACCUUUUGCGUCCUGACGUCGCAGGAUGCCGAAGAGAACCGGCGCGUUGCCGAGACCUGGGUGAGGACGAUCCGAGAGCUCUCGGCCCCCAGUCUGGAAGGAGGAAUAUACGGGUUACUUCCUCAGAAGUGCCAGGUGAUAGUGCUGCUGAACCCACGGAGUGGAGCAGGACAGGCCCUGAAUCUAUUCACAUCACAAGUUCAGCCAAUGUUGACAGAAGCCAGCAUAGGAUUCCAUAAGUUUGUCACUGAAAAACACAAUCAUGCUUGGGAUUUGGCAAGGAAUGAGGACAUGUCCAAAUGGGAUGCUGUGGUCAUUAUGGCUGGAGAUGGCUUGCUUCAUGAGGUGAUCAAUGGCCUGAUGGAGCGUCCUGACUGGAAGACUGCGAUCCAGAAGCCUCUCUGCAUUCUCCCAGGAGGAUCUGGGAAUGCUUUAGCUUCUUCACUUAAUCACUAUGCUAGGAAUGCUCCGGGGUCAAAAUGCGAUCACCUUCAGAGGGAGGAAAGCAAAAGUCAUUUGGCAAAGGAGGAACUGUUGAUGAAUUGCACUUACUUCUUAUGUAAAGGCCUGCAUUCUCCCAUGGACCUCGUCUCCCUCCGCACGGCCUCAGAGGUGAAUACCUGCCCCUCACCUCAGCAUCCUCACCAGGUCUCCACUGCUAACGGGAAGUCUCCUGUCAACAUCCUCCCUCAGCCUGCAUCGUCCCUCCUGAAGGAGGAUUCUGUGCUGGAAGAUUCCUUGCUGGUACCCUUUGAGCAGCCAGUUCCCAAGCACUGGACUGUCAUCCCUGAGGAGGAAUUCGUUUCCAUAGUUUGCAUUCAGCAAUCCCACCUGGGAACAGACUUUUUGUUUGCUCCCACAGCCAAACUGUUUGAUGAUGCCAUCCAUCUCUUCUAUAUAACUGCUGGCAUUUCCCGGAUGGGAAUGCUCAAAUUAUUCAUGGCCUUGGAGAAAGGGAGUCCAUUGCCUCUUAACAACCCUCAUGUCCACUACUUGCCUGUGAAAGCCUUUCGGCUGGAGCCCCUAGAGCCCAAGGGGUUUAUGACAAUAGAUGGUGAAGUGUUGACAUGUGAGCCAGUGCAAGGACAAAUACACAACCGGCUAGCCCGUAUUAUAAAUGGCUCCUGAGUGAGCAUCAGAAAGAAACCGUAGAAAAGGUUUUGUGAUACUGUGACACUGUGGAAAGUUGUGAAGAGAUCUCCAAAUGCUGCAUUCAAAACACCAUCACCAUUAUUGACAGGGAUAAUUCUCAGGGACAGCUUAUCUUUUACUGCAACUUUUAAUUGUGAUGCAAAUAGUGGAGGAGCUUGUCUUGCCCAUGACUUCUCCCUAAGCUGCUGUGGAGUGAUAGAGGCAAGUUUAGAGUCUCCUUACUCUGCAUUACUCUAAGAGAAGGAAAGUAUGCCUUCAGAUUAAACCAAAGCCACUUCCCACACCCUUCUGUCUGGAUGAAGAUGUCUUAAUCCUUUGCCGCUCGGAGGACCAAUUUUAUUAUUUUGUAAGGAAUAUAAAAAACAUACAUACAUGCCUUGCAUGUAGUUGAUUAUAAUUCUAUGGAGAAAUGAAAUAAAGGCCUAUUUUGAAAGAAGAAGAAAAACCCUAAUGUCUGUCAUCUUCAUGCUGUGAUUUUGGAUUGCUCUUAUCAAAAGGCAAAGCACUUAAUUUAACAUUUCACCACCUUUAUCAUUCAAAUGCAGGUAGGUAAUUGAAACACAGUCAACCAACUUUCUCCAGGACACAACAGUUUUUCAAUUGGAUGCACAUUCAAUUAACAACUUGGUUAUUUCCACAAAAGUCCGAAGUGGCACCUUUAUGAAUUCACCUUCCUUGCAUAUAUUCCAGGUUAACAUUUGUAGUAACACAUUCCAUCUGACAAACUAUAGUUAAAUUAUUAGUAGAUUAAAGGUGGCUGUAAAAAAAA